AUGUAUAGAUUAAGGUUACAAAUUUUCCCAAUCAUUAAAAGAUUUUACACGUAUUAUUACCAUCUCUUAUCUCAACAAAAUAUUUUCAGAUCAAAUAAAACCAAUAAUCAAGAGUGCUUUAUAGAUGAAUUUGGUUGGAAAGUCCUAAUCAAGGGUGUUACAAUAGACAUUAUAUCAUCAGCAUUUGUCCAAAUUUUAUUAUACUAUAUAUAUAACCCAUUACUUUUGUGGAAAUCAAAACCAUACGAAUAUUAUUUAAUAGACAUUGAUAAUAACCACCAGUUCAAUAAUGAUAAUAAUAAUAACAUCACAUAUAACAAUAACGAAGUUUUAGCUUUAUUAAAAAAUAAACAAAAUAAUUUAUACUCGAUGUUUUCAAUUAUAUCAAUAUCUAUAUUUGUUGGUGGUCUUCUUGGUGUCAUUCAAUAUAUCUCACAGUAUUUCAAAAUAAAACUUCAAUUUAGGUUAGAAGAGAAACUACAAAAAGUUCACAAAGAUUCAAAAAAGUUUAAUAUCAAUCCAAUAUUUUGUUUAAAUCAAUCAUCAUCACUUUUUAAUACCGAUAGCAAUAAAAAUAAGUCCUACAGAAAGAUUCAAGAUGAAAUCGAUAGUAUUGGAAGCGAGAGUGGCCAAAGCAUCAAAUUAAAUCAUUAUUACAAAAUAAAUGAAAGUUUAAAUCUUACAGAAAGAACUAUAAAAGAAGGAAUGAAUAGCCCAGUUUUAAAUUUCCUCUAUUCCGUAUUUGGUGAUUCAUUACUCUCAGUUUUCAACGAAGUUUUCUUUUAUUUUGUAUUCUUAUUUUUAUUCAAUAUCCUAAACUAUUACCAAGCUUCAAUAUUUAUCAACAUUAUCAAAGGUGGUCAAAGCAAUACAAAUGCAUUAGCCUCUAGCAAUCCAAUCUCAUACUUUAUAAACUACCUCUAUUACAGAUCACCAGUUUUAAUAUUAUUAAUAUCAAGCAUUGUAGCAAUUAUUGUGACCCACCCUCUAGUUGUAUUCCAAACCCAAUUAGAAGCCUUUCAAUUUUCAAAUUUAUUAUUAAAUUUAAUCUUUAAAUACCCAGAACCAUUAAAAAUCAAACAAAAUAGCAAUGAUCAAGAAGUACCAAAUAGAAAAGAUGAAGAUCUAAUUUCAUUCUCAAAGAAAUUUAAAAGAAUCUACUCAAAAAACCACUGGGUUGGAUUUGUUGGUAGAUUGCUUUAUGUACCAUUAAAAUUUACAAUCGUUUCUCUUUGGUUUGAUUUUUUAGUUUCUUUAUAA